GCCGGCGUUUGGGCAUGGCGGAGGCGAGGGAGGCCGGGCCGGAGGCGGCCGGGGAUGGCGCGGCGGAGGAGCGCGUGGCCGUUAUUGGCGCCACCGUGCCCACCGGGUUCGAGGUGACGGCGGCCGCGGAGGUGCAGGAGAAGCUCGGCUCCGCGUCCCGGAUCAGCAGGGACCGCGGAAAGAUCUACUUCGAGGUGCCGGCCCGCAGCCUGCCCGAGGUCCAUCGGCUGAGGUCCGUGGAUAAUUUGUUUGUUGUCGUUGAGGAGUUCAAAGACUAUCAGUUUAAAGAAACCAAGGAAGAUGCUUUAAAAGACUUGGAAGAUUUGGUUAAAAAACUGCCCUGGGCUGAUCCUUUGAAAAUUUGGGAGCUGAACAACAGCUUAAAAAAGAAAAAGACAAAACGCAAAAAACAGAAUCUACAGAGAACUGCAAGCAAGGAAAAGCUGGAUGAUGGCGGAGAGGAGGAAAAGGAUCACAGAGCUGCGGGCGGGCAGGAGGACUGUGCCCCAAACACAGCAGGAGCAGAGCCAGCUGCUGACCAGAGCGCAGAAGAGAUGCAAGGAGAGGCCUCGCAAAACGAGGAGGAUGAUAAUGAACAGUCAGAGGCUAAAAACAAACUGCAUGCCAGUUCUGGAGCUGAGACAAAGGCCGGAGAUGAUAAUAAAGAUGAAGGAGAUGCAAAGGUGUUAAAGUUUCGCGUCACAUGCAAUAGAGCUGGAGACAAGCACAGUUUUACAUCAAAUGAGGCUGCAAGAGACUUUGGAGGAGCUGUGCAGGAGCACUUCCAGUGGAAGGCUGACAUGACUAACUUCGAUGUGGAGGUUCUCCUGAAUAUUCACAAUAAUGAAGUAGUUGUGGGCAUUGCGUUAACUGAGGAGAGUCUUCACAGAAGAAAUAUUACACAUUUUGGACCCACAACUCUUCGCUCAACUCUUGCUUAUGGCAUGCUUAGACUCUGUGAUCCCCAGCCGACGGAUAUCAUCGUUGAUCCAAUGUGUGGUACGGGUGCAAUACCAAUAGAGGGAGCUAUGGAAUGGCCUGGUUGCUAUCACAUUGCGGGUGAUAACAACCCACAAGCUGUAAAGAGAGCAGCAAGCAAUAUCUGCUCUUUGCUAAAGAAAAAUGAAAAUAAGGAAAGCAGUGCUUCCUUGGGCGCACCCUUAGACAUCAUUCAGUGGGAUAUUUGCAAUCUCCCUUUGCGGACUGGCUCUGUGGACGUCAUUGUGACAGACAUGCCUUUUGGAAAAAGGAUAGGGUCGAAGAAGAAGAACUGGGAUCUCUAUCCAGCCUGCCUCAUGGAGAUGGGGCGGAUCUGCACACCAGGCACAGGUAGAGCUGUGCUGCUUACUCAGGACAAGAAAUGCUUCGCCAAGGCCUUGUCAAGACUGGGACACAUCUGGCGCAAAAAUCACACAGUGUGGGUGAAUGUAGGGGGACUUCAUGCUGCAGUGUAUCUUCUGAAACGCACCUGGGAAAGAGUGGAAGAAAAAAGGUCAUUCUGGUAGUAGCCCGUGUGGAAGAAGACAGCAGACACCUCCAGAAUUUCCAGAUGAGCAGAUUGGUAAAGGAGGCAGCUGAGAGUGGAUGUCUCAGUUCCUAAGCAAAAGGCAAUAAAUGUGAGAAUUGCGUAAUGUAAGCAUUGAACCAGGGACCAACCUGAGAACUCUCCGUUGUACUGUGUGCUCUGAACCUGACUUAAUCUCUUUUCACCCUGCCAUCCUAAAUGAAAGUCAGUAGCGGUGUUAGUAAUGCUCUCCUCUGCCUGAGUCUUUUCUACUACGUCUAUUGUAUUUCUCAGUUAAAUGCUUGUUUCCUCUGCUUAUGGUAGAAAACACGUUGAGGCAUGUUUGGAGCCAAUUAGAAAUCAUACCUUAAAAUGACAGUAUUCCAGUUAGUCAUCUUAGAGGGUUCAGAGGUAGUACCUCUUUGCUGUAGGACUUUUCCAAACUGAAAGUUUAAAGUUUAUUCUAUUGCCCAAAUGUAAAUUAAGAUGUUUGAUACUCCAUUGAGAAAAUGCUGAGCAGUUUGCUGGUGCUGCUGUUUGUUUUCUUAACCAUUACCUCGACUCACUGCUGUUAGUGUCUCGUAGUGCUGUUAGUGCAUCAUUCCUGUUUUCAGGUACUGCUGCUGUUGGUGAGGGCGAUGCCUCGUGCUGCCUUAGCAAAGCAGCUGUGAUUUCUGUUUGAGAGCAGAGACUUUCAGCAGUUGUAUCUAAAAGUUUGUGUCUCAGUGUCUGAUGUGAGCACGUGAGGCUGGCAGUGUGUCUGCAUUUAUUCGGUGACUGGAGCUGCUGUAGGCGUGCUGCCCUACUUAAAACAAUACAGUUUGUUCAAUUAAUGGAAGUUGAAAAUCUGUUUUCUCUGAACACACUGCAAUUUCUCAGGCUAAUUACUCUUUGCUCAUCAGGGGCUGAAACACUAAUUACCAGCUUGUCCUUUCAUUGAAGUGUAUCCAAGCUGAUGGUAAUACGCUUAGAGGUGGAUUAAGGAGUAUUAAAGGUUUCUCUGUUCUGCAAAGGCA